UUUAAAGUCUUUAGCUUAGGUUUUUCUUAAAGCUGUUUUUGUCAUUUUAUGUCAGAUUGUGCUCCGACUUAUCACAAACAAGUGAAGGACUUCUCCUUUUUUUAGUGUAGGUGGCUUUUUUUCAGUUUGAUGACAAUCUUCCCCUCAUUUGCCUGAUCUGAAAGUGUUUUUGACACAGACAGCUAAAGCUCACACUGGUUCUGGGGGCUGCAGGGACAUCCGCACUACUGUAGCAGUCUUUUAUGAAUGUCAUCAUGCGCUGGAUUCAAGCUGGAUGGUGUUUGCUUGCGCUGAUCAGUUUAUCAGCUGCUCUGCAGAUCAGCCAGAAGCCGCGGUUCUACGGCGUGAAGACCGGCAGCAAGGUGAAAAUCCUCUGUGAAGGGAAAAAACAAGGAGAGAAGACAGAUGUGUUUUGGUACAAGUUUGAAAAAUACGACAAGAGGAAUGAGACAGAAACCCUCCAUUUAAAUGAGACCGACAGUUUGAAACUUCUUAACACCAACAAAAACGUGAUCUCUAUCCUUACCAUCCGGAAUGCCAAGGAAAAAGACACUGGAGUGUACUUCUGCAAAAUUGGCACAACCUUGGGACCUGGAACUGAAGUUCGAGUAGUCAGACACAUUGACUUUAAUAAGGCACAACACCUGAGCAAGUUGAAGGAUGGUCUCAUCAUUUUACAGGGUCUGCUGUUGCCUGUGUGCAUUGCUGCUGUUCUGCUACGCAAACACAAAGAGCUGGAAAAGAGUGACAGCAUGUAUGAAGAGCCAGAAAUGGACCACAUCUAUGAGGGUUUGGCGAUUGAAACAUGUGGAGAUCUAUAUGAGGACCUGACGCUGUAUUCCCAGCCGGAGAUAGCCGAAGCCCCAUGGGAGUGAAACCAGGAUCUUCUGCAGCCCAAUAUUCUUUUAUUAUGCCUUCUUGAAGAAACUGUAAAAAAACAAAAAAA